AUGAAUAAACAAAAAGAUGGAACUCAUUCUUCUUCAUCUUUUAAAUACAGCUAUUUUGAACUGGAGAGCAGUGGCCUACGGGAUGAGAUUAGAUAUCACUACAGGUUUAAUGGGAAGUCAAGAACAGAGGUUUUCCCGUACCGUCUGGCAGAUGGACAGUGGCAUAAGAUUGCCGUGUCACUUAGUGCAUCCCACCUUCUGCUCCACGUGGACUGCAACAGGAUUUAUGAACGUAUCGUUGAUCCCCCAGAAACGAAUUUGACACCUGAAAGCAAUUUAUGGCUUGGACAGAGAAACAGAAAACAUGGUUUCUUCAAGGGUGUUAUUCAAGAUGUGAAAGUCAUCUUUAUACCUAAUGGAUAUAUAAUGCAGUGUCCUAAUCUGAAUCGCACAUGCCCAACCUGCAGUGAUUUCUUAAGUCUGGUGCAAGGAAUCAUGGAUUUGCAAGAACUCCUGGCAAAAAUGACUGCAAAAUUAAAUUAUGCAGAAACAAGACUGAGUCAAUUGGAAGACUGUCAUUGUGAGAAGACUUGUCAAGUAAAUGGAUUGAUCUAUAGAGACAAAGACUCAUGGGUUGAAGAUGAUCACUGCAGGAAUUGCACUUGCAAAAGUGGAGUUGUGGAGUGCCGGAGGAUGUCCUGUCCCCCUCUCGAUUGUCCCCCUGAUGCUCUCCCAGUGCAUGUGGAAAACCAGUGCUGCAAAAUAUGCAAGGCAAAGUGUAUCUAUGGAGGCAAAGUGCUAGCAGAGGGUCAACGAGUAUUAACCAAGAGCUGCAGGGAAUGUCGAAACGGAGUUUUAGUAAAAGUAACAGAGACUUGUCCGCCAUUGAACUGCUCAGAAAAAGAUCAUGUUCUUCCAGAGAACCAAUGUUGCAGUGUUUGUAGAGGCCAUAACUUCUGUGCCGAGGGACACAGAUGUGGUGAAAAUUCAGAGUGCAAAAACUGGAACACAAAAGCCACUUGUGAAUGCAAGAAUGGUUAUCUUUCUGUCCAAGGGGACUCUGCGUAUUGUGAAG